AUGUUAAUUCUCAUCUUAUUAAUUCACAUAGAUUUUUCAUUGAUCCAAUACGCUAUAAAGUCAAGUUUCAUUAAAUUCAAUAAACUUGCAAAUAAAAUGAAUGAGUUAGCGAAAAUACAACCUAAUGCGUAUUUUAAAAAUUUAAAUGUUACUCCAACGGUCAAAGGAAGCUAUUACGAUGCAUUGAAAUUUAAUAAUUUUGAAUUUGAUGAUUCUGAUAGUAAUGAUGACGAAUUUGAUAAUAGAAUAAUAGUUGAAUCAGAGAUUUAUUUUUCAAAAAUCAAAUACCAAAGAGAAUUUAAUCAGGACGAUUGGCUUUCUACCAUAUAA